AUGUUAUGGCCACUGCCAAACAGGCAAAGAGUAUGCAGGAUAGUGGAAGAGCUGGUGAACGAGCUUAUCUAUGUCUGCCAAACCCUUGCCGGCAAUGACUUCAUGCCACAACCAGCUGUCAGGUUGGGUGGCUUCCUGGAAGGCUGGAAUGCCUGUGACGAAGACCUUGUCUAUCGCCUGUUUGUGCCGCUGAAGCCACCCCCUGGGCACUCCUUCCACCUCGAGCUGGGCACCGAAGGGGAGACACUAGUGAGGAACUCCUGCCUGCAUGUGGAACUGGAGUGCAUGUGCACAAGGGAGCAGUGGCUGGGGAACAUGUUCUGCUUCCUCCACCACCCUGAGGAUGAGCUGAUGCGCAGUCAGGAAUCCAGCCUCCUACAAACCCUCUGCACCAGCUCAUACCUCAAUGUGCAGAAAACCACCUUCUGGCUCCAAGAGUUGAUGACAGCAGCCUGCGUUGCUGCACCUCCUGCGGCCGUGGUGAAGCUAACGGUGCUGCCCUCCACACGCUUCUGCAAGCUCAAGCUGACCAAAGCCUUUGAGAGACCCUUUAUCAUUGAGCUGAUCUUGGCGGUGCAGCAAGGCAACUCGGACACAUUUGUGAGGAUGGAGUAG